UGUCGCAAAGCAAAAUUGUCUUUCCUUGGUGCAUGCAUCUCAGUGUUGCUGAAAAGGUAUCUACUUCACGUUUGCUCAGCGGAGCUUGCACAAGUACCGGUAUCGCCCAUUGACAACCUAACGCCACAGCCGUCACUAUGCAAGGCCUUGUUGUUCUUGUAUGCUGAGAGGUUGUCCCUUUGGUCCAACUUGCGAUCUCCCAAUGCCGACACAUCCGGUGUAAAUCGCGGGAGUGGACUCGACUCGUCAGCACUGCUGGUUUGUUGCCUUGACAGUUUUGCUCUAGCUAGUAGACGAAGAAAGACCACAUUUUUGUCCAGGAAACAUAUUUUAUCGACGCACAUUGCAAGAUGGGAGAGUUCGAGCUCGCCUAUUACUGCAGGAGGGGCGUGUGAAAUCUGAAAUCUCGGUUGAGAAGGGCACAGACCCGACAGAUUAAUUCAGCACAAGAAGUUGAAAGAAACACCGACCAUGGCAACUGAGGGAGAAGAAGUGGUCGAAGAGGUCGUCGAGGAGGUCGUCGAAGAAGAAGUGGUAGAAGAAGUAGUGGAAGAAGCAGUAGAAGAAGAAGCGCCCCCCGCUCCAUCAGGAGUGGCAGCUCUCCGUGGCUGGUUAUCGAACGUAGCUGAUGAUGCCAAGACGAAGCAAACAGGUCUUGAAGUCAAGAGGUCAUGGCAAAAGCCAAAACCAAAGACAGAACCAGCACCAGAACCUUCAGCUCAGCCAGCUCCUGAAGCAGAAACAGAGUCUGCUCCUUCUGCUACUGAGCCAGAGAAACCUCCAGAAACAGUAGAGACAGCUGAACCAGUAGCAGCACCCGAACCAUCCCCUGUUCCUGAACCAGUGUCCGCACCUGAGGCGGCCGUUGAAGCAGCUCCAGCCCCAGCCCCAGAGGCAAUCCCUGAACCAGCAGUCGAGCAGGAGCCUGUUGCUGCGCUAGCCCCAGAGCCUGUUGUCGAACCCCCUGAAACAGCUACAGAAACAGCGCCUGAACAACCAGCGACAGCAGAACCACCAACUGAGAUUACCAUCGAGGCUGAAACACCUGCUGACGCAGCAGAAGUGCAAACGCCGACUCAAGAAAUACCAGCAGAUAACGCACAUGUUCCUGAUGUUGAGCCAACGGAAGCGACUGUUGAUGCCUCAAUAGAGGAUACAAGUCCAUCGGCAGUAGAGACAGAUGGUGUUGAUGCUGAGACACCUGCCCCAGUUGAAGAAGCUGUCGCACCUCAGGGAGAAGCCCCGACCGAGGCUCCUGCAGACACGAUUGCCCCACCUGAUCAGGCUGAAGCAGUUGUAGAAGAAACCGCGGAAACUCCAGGAACACCUGGACCUGAGCCUACCGGUACAAGCGAAACAGAAGAAGUAAUUGAGGACGAGGUCGUCGAAGACGAGGUCGUUGAGGAAGAUGCAGCGGUCGCCGAAACGGAAACAGCGCCAGCCGCCGGUGAAACUACUGAAGAGGUUGUGGAGGACGACGACGAAGAGAUUGUCGAGGAAGUAGCAGGAGAUUCGCCACAAGGCGGCGCGGAAGCACAGGACCUGCUAGGAGCUAGCGAAUAUGAGGACGAAAUCAUUGACGAAACAGAGGAGGAACUCAUUGAGGAGGACGCUGAAGCUGUCUAUGGCACGAUUGAAACCGGAGAUGAUGCAGAACGAGAACUAGAGCCAGGUUCAGCUGUCGACGGUAAUAUACCUCGGAGCGAGGCAACUAUUGAUGGGUCCGCGCAAACACCUGCACCAGCCCCAUCACCCUCGACUUUCGAACCUUCAUCGAGUGCCAUGGCGCUAGAAGAGGAGCAAGUUGAAAUAGAAGAGGAGCAAGUUGAAGAGGAAGAAGUUGAAGAGGAAGAAGUUGAGGAAGGUGCGGUGGGAGCGCCUGUACCAUCGCUAAUGCCUAUGGCUCCUGGAUCAGUCGAUGGAGAAGAGGAAGAGCUGGAUCAAGAGGAAGAAGAGGAAAUUGUGGAACCCGGAGAAGGCGUAGAAUCCUUUGUCGACGAAGGGGGUGAAGAGGGACAACUGAUGAUCAUGUCAGGUGGCGAGUUUGAUAAAGAAAGCGACGAAGAGGAAUCUGAGAUAGACGAAGAGCAGAACUCAGCAGAGGGACAAGAGCUGCAGAAGACUGGAUAUGAUCAAGACGGGUACACCGAUGAGUACCAGGGCGAAGCGGUUGACGAGGAGAUAGUCUACGACGAGGAUUACGGGGAUUUACCAGGAGGCGGGCCUGUCGAUAUCCAUGAAGAGGUCGUUGAUGAAGCUUUUGAUGAUGAACCGAUCGAAACUGAGAACGAAGAACACAAGCUCCUGCUACUAGAAGACGGAAGAGCGGAUGUUGAAAACCAAAUCAUGGUGUAUCAAGAGCCAGUGAAGGAAGAUAGAGGAGGAGAAGACGACAAAUCGGAUACGCUUCUCUACGGUUGCGUGGGUCUCCUUUGUCUCUUGCUCGCUGUUGCUGCUGUCCUCCUCAUCUUAACUUUCGUCACAGAAACUAUUUUCCAAGGAGACGAUGUAUACGAUGGUUUUGUGGGGCAGCAGCCAACAACUCCGAUGGAUCCGUAUCAGCCAGGAAACUGCAAUCUAGAAGGACAAGCACAACCACAUGUUAUCUCCCAAUGCAUGUGCACCGAAAGCAUCACGACGAUGGCAGAAAACACACGCAGCAAAUACGAUAACCUGAGAGACAACUGGAUUGUCCCCAAUGUCUAUUCGAGUUGGAACCUCCCUCCUGAAUCAUGUGAACCUGCAAAUCAAGCACUCGUAUGGCUAGCAACUGUGAACAGCGCUGAUGACAUUGACUUGCUGCAACGUUACAUCCUUGCCUACCUGUUCUUUUCAACCAAAGGGGAUAAUUGGGUUGCACAGGAAAAUUGGAUUCAAGAUGUCAAUGUGUGCACAUGGUAUGGAGUGGAGUGCGCAGAUGCCAAACUGAUCGACUUCGUUAAUCUCAACAACAACGGCUUGGUGGGACCUGUCGCCCGAGAGCUGAGCCUUUUGACCAGCCUUCAAAUGCUGUCAUUCGAAUCAAACACCCUGACAGGGACUCUCCCCGGUGAGCUCUUUAACAUUGGAAAUUUGACCAGCAUGAGCCUCGCCGUGAACGCCCUGGUGGGACCAAUUCCGACGCAAGUCGGGGUGGCAACACGGCUGGACACUCUGAGUCUCGCAAGCAACACUUUUGGUGGCCCCGUUGUGUCAGAACUGGGCCAGCUUGCGAAUCUGAAGAAGCUGGAUCUCGGGUCAAAUCAAUUUGAAUCUGAGCUUCCUAAUGAGCUCUUUCAACUCACAAGACUUGCAUGGCUCAGCAUCGAAGGCAACGUUGGAAUUGAAGGCCGGAUUCCCACGGCCAUGAGCGCUUUGACUGAUCUUACCUACCUAUCAGUAUCCCGUACGAUGCUUCGAUCUCCGAUCCCUUCCGAGUAUGGGGCGCUUACCAACCUUCAACAACUUGGUAUAGCCAACACGCUUGUGGGCGGCAAGAUUCCAGAUGAGCUGGUUUCUUUGAGACAGCUCACCCACCUUGAUCUCAGUGAAAGUCGAUUUCGAAAGCCAAUUCCUGCCUUCAUAGGAAAUCUCACCGAACUGACGUCUCUGGAGUUGCAUGGAAACGGGUUGACUGGAAAGAUUCCAGACGAACUUGGAUCCUUAAGCAAACUGACAACUUUGGAGUUGGACGGAAAUCAACUAUCAGGCGAGAUCCCAUCGGCCCUCGGUGGCUUAUUCUCCUUAGUGAGCAUGACGCUUGAUGGCAAUCUGCUUACAGGUCGGCCUCCCAUCGACGUCUGCAAUCUUCGCGGUCAAUCUCUGACAAAUCUGGUAACAGAUUGUCCCACGCACCAUGCUGGGGUCCUCUGUCCGAUACCGACCUGCUGCACAUCUUGCAAUGUCAUUGCGUCAUCUCUAUAGCUGCCUGGAAUGAUGUAUUAGCCAGCUAUCCGAGCAGAUAUGGAACUUUGUGAACGAUUCUGUACCACCAACGUUUAGAAAUUACAGCGUACAGGGAAAUCAGAAAGACGCUUACUAUCAUAAUAAUUGUAUCCUAUAUUCCUACCAGCUCUACUAC